UUAGUUCGUUUGCAAACUGUGAUCGCGGUUCAAUCAUCUGUUCUCCUGCACAUCGCCUUGCGCACCAUGGUAUCUCAUUUACCCGCACCUAUGGCACUCAAUGGUCAUUGCUUGAUGUGCGUAAUCUGUGACAAAAUACCAAUGGAAUAUGAGAGUCCAUAGCAACACAGGGCUGUUCGAACCCGUAAACCGAGGCGCCGAGCCCACAGGGCCACAGCAUUUUGUGUGGAGGACUCUCCUCUAGCGAACUCCAUGCAGAUUAACAGUGAUGGCCACAGAAUCACACCCACCUGAACAUUCAGUCGAUGAAGUGGCAAACACGGAGCAAGUGCUGAACUCGCUGGAGAGGAUCAUUCUCACCAUCUUCCUCACCAUCAUCAUCAUCAUGACUAUUCUGGGGAACCUGCUGGUGAUGGUGGCGCUCUGCAAGGACAGACAACUGCGGAAAAAGAAGACCAAUUACUUCAUAGUGUCUUUAGCGUUUGCAGACCUCCUGGUUGCUGUGGUUGUCAUGCCGUUUGCAGCCAUUGAGUUGACCACAAGUCAGUGGCGGUACGGGGAGAUAUUCUGUCUGGUUCGGACCUCACUGGACGUGCUGCUGACCACUGCAUCUAUCCUACACCUGUGCUGUAUAGCACUGGACAGGUACUACGCAAUCUGCUGCCAACCGCUGGUGUACCGGAAUAAAAUGACGCCCUUGAGAGUGGCCCUGAUGCUGGGAGGAUGCUGGGUCAUCCCCUCCUUCAUCUCCUUCCUUCCCAUCAUGCAAAGUUGGCACGCCAUCGGCAUAGAGGACAUUAUAGAGCAGAGGAAAUUUAGCGGCAACAGCAAUGAGACCAACUGUGUAUUCGUGGUGAACCGUCCGUAUGCUCUCAUCUGCUCCGCCGUGGCCUUCUACGUUCCCCUGAGCCUCAUGGUCCUGGCCUACCAGCGCAUCUACGUCACUGCCAUGGGCCACGUGCGGCAGAUUGGCACGCUGCAGCGGGCAGGCUCCGCCCCCUACUCGGCGCCCCCCCAGAACUACCUCAGCUCUGAGCAGCAGGGCUCCAGUCGCAUGCGCAUAGAGACCAAGGCUGCCAAGACCCUGGCUGUCAUCAUGGGCUGCUUCUGUCUCUGCUGGGCCCCCUUCUUCAUCACCAACGUGGUGGACCCCUUCAUCCACUACAGUGUGCCCUGGCAGAUGUGGACCGCCUGGCUGUGGCUUGGCUAUAUUAACUCUGGCCUUAACCCCUUUCUCUACGCCUUCCUGAACCGGGCCUUCAGACGGGCCUUCCUCAUGAUACUGUGUUGUGGUGAUGAGAGAUACGUACGCCAGGGGAGCUAUGGCCCCACCAGACACUACUCUGGAUCUGUCAACGGGACCUCCAUCGCGCUCAGACUAUCCUUCCUUCCCAACGGAAGCUACAGUGACAACAGCAGGAGGAUUUUAUCCAAUGAGCUGGAAUCUCAGGACUCCAUGGGUGGACUGUCUAUAGCCCAGAGAUAAUGACCUAAACCUGCUUAUGUCUUACACAAGUUCAACAAGUGAAAUACAGUAUGUAUUAAUGGGGACGUAUGGUCACCGCAAUGAGAUUCUGGUCUGAAGGACUACAGUCUGAUAGUGAUGAAGUCAAUCAUUUGAUUAUUGAAUUACCAGAUCAUGGUUUAUGAAUUUACUACGUAAAAGCACUGUCCAGUCAGUUUUUUUUUCCCCAGGUGAAGACAAUCAGACAAUGAAGAUGCAUGAAGAGAUGAAAAGCCAGUUAGUGUCUGUGGAAUGACUUGAGCAUUACGCCAAGAUGAUUGUUGGUGAUUAAUAUUCUACGGGUCCCUAUGAAGUUAAAAGCUAUUGUUGGCUCACCAGUUUUGUCAGUGUUUCCCCUAUAUGCAUUUUACAAGCGUCGCGCCACCGCUGCUAAAUCUUGGCCUCCAGUGAAAAA